GGUCGUUAUAAAUUAAAUAAAGAAGAUCAAUGCUUUGUCUCCCGCUCUCCUUCCUCCGCCAUACCUGGCCCUCCCUCUGCUCUUCCAUUAGUUUUUCUUUUUCUCGUGAAGUAAUAUUAAAUGCUCGCAUCUCCCACUCAAGAAAGAAAGGAACCGUUACUUUCAAGAGAGAGAAAACAAACAAACUCUCAGGGGCAUCGCAGUAUCAGUAUUACUAUCUUAGCGUAAAGCAAUCAUAACUGAUUCUACCUCCAUUUCUCUGUUACCUAAUUUCUCCACUGUUUAGUUGUGCUUGGAAUCGGGGGAAAUGGGGCUGAUUUCAGGUAUAUUUUUGGGGAUCAUCUUUGGAAUCGGGUUGAUGGCUGGAUGGAAACACAUGAUGCAGUACCGAAGCACCAAAAGAGUUGCCAAGGCAGUUGAUAUAAAACUUCUCGGGUCACUCAACAGAGAUGAUUUGAAGAAAAUAUGCGGUGAUAAUUUUCCUGAUUGGAUAUCUUUUCCUGCUUUUGAACAGUAUAUUUUUGUGAAGCUAAAGGACAACAUGUCAUGUAUCAAGAAAAAAAAUCACCUUCUGCAUCGUUGCAUGGUUAGGAUGUGGUUCACUACUAAUUCGUACUCUGGUUGCAUCUUGCAGGUGAAAUGGCUAAACAAGCAAUUGGGCAAAUUAUGGCCUUUUGUUGCAGAAGCAGCUGCACUGGUGGUUAAAGAAUCUGUUGAACCACUAUUGGAAGACUACCGACCCCCAGGGAUUACUUCUUUAAAGUUUAACAAAUUUUCUCUUGGAACUGUGCCACCCAAGAUUGAAGGCAUUCGUGUCCAAAGUCUCAAGCAAGGUGAAGUUACCAUGGAUAUUGAUUUGAGGUGGUGUGGUGAUCCAAGCAUCAUUCUAGGCGUUGAAGCUGCACUUGUUGCUUCCAUACCCAUUCAACUGAAAGAUCUUGAAGUUUACACUGUUAUCCGUGUUAUCUUCCAUCUUGCUGAAGAGAUUCCAUGUAUUUCUGCACUCGUUAUUGCUCUACUUGCUGAGCCAAAGCCGAAGAUAGAAUAUGUUCUCAAGGCUGUUGGUGGAAGCUUAGCAGCCCUUCCCGGAGUAUCAGAUAUGAUUGAUGAUACUGUGAAUUCAAUUGUCACAGAUAUGCUUCAGUGGCCCCACAGGAUUGUUGUUCCACUUGGUGGUAUCCCUGUUGACACAAGCGAAUUAGAGCUUAAACCACAAGGAAAGCUUACAGUGACGGUAGUGAAGGCAAAUGACUUGAAGAACAUGGAAAUGAUUGGAAAAUCUGAUCCUUAUGCAGUUGUAUAUAUUCGGCCAAUGUUCAAGGUUAAAACACAAGUUGUUGAUAAUAACCUCAAUCCUGUUUGGAAUCAAACAUUUGACUUGAUUGCUGAAGACAAGGAGACACAGUCGCUUAUCCUUGAGGUCUUUGAUAAGGACAUUGGGCAAGACAAGAGAUUAGGAAGAGCAAAAUUGGCCUUAAAUGAGCUGGAAGCCGAAACUUGGAAGGAAGUGGAGUUGAGACUCUUAGCAUCAUUUGAUACCUUGAAGGUCAAGGAUAAGAAGGAUAGAGGAACUAUCACAAUUAAGGUCUUGUACCAUGAAUUUAACAAGGAAGAGCAGUUGGUUGCUCUAGAAGAAGAGAAGAAGAUUGUAGAGGAACGAAAGAAACUAAAAGAAGCUGGAGUUAUAGGGAGCACAAUGGAUGCACUUGAUGGGGCAGCAUCACUGUUGGGAUCAGGUGUUGGAAUGGUGGGCACUGGCAUUGGUGCUGGAGUUGGCCUUGUGGGAAAUGGCCUCGGAGCUGUUGGCAGUGGCCUGGGCAAAGCAGGAAGAUUCAUGGGCAGGACAAUCACCGGGCAAUCCAGCAAGAGAAGUGGCACCACAACUCCAGUCAAUAAUGUGCAAGAAAAUGGUGGGGCAAAGCCCCUGUAGUCCCGCUGGUGAAGAAUGUGAGCUUGGCCUCGAAUUUUACUAUGUUUGAAAAAGAGUGAUUAUGGUUAAUUUUUAAAAUGUUUUUUAUUUAAAAAUA